GUUCUUCCACGUACAAAAUCGAGCUCCUGCCGCAUGGCUCGGGUGGACGACGCACAUGACGACGACUUGUCCUAUGAGACCACGUAUUCGGACGUCGCUCUGCCGCAUGGAUGGAAGCGCGUGGCCCACAACUCCGGUUUGUUUUGCUUUCUCUAUGAGCCCACUGGUGUUGUGUCGUGGUCGCAGCCGUACGUUGUUCAGGCUAUCGACCGCCAUGGCCGCACUACGCUUGACGAUAUGGUGCAAGCCCACCGUCCGCCGAUUGAGAUUUUUGCAGCUGGAUGUGGAAUGCGCCAACCUGAUUUGAAUCGCCCCGUUAAGCUCGUGCAAGCCGAAUCGAUUCUUCGACGCCUUAACGAGGCAGUACAAACACUUCCCAAGCAAAAAGAAUGCCCAACAUCGACGCCAAGCGAAGACCGCUCCCCACCUGACGAGCCAAAGACACGUCCAACUGCGACGACUGCGCGCACACCUGCCCCAACAUCGUCUCGAAAGAGACCACUACCAGACGAUCAAACGUCCGACAUCGCGGACAAAGUCACCGUGCCACCAGCACAUGCGGCAUCUCUAGUAACAAGUCCAGAUGUAGUUGUGGUGGGCGAUAUCACAAUGGAGAACCCUGCCGGAAAGCUUGCCUCUACCGUUUUGACUAAGUACCUGGCCGCUGCCGGGCGACCAGCCGCCGAGUUUGUCAAGACCAUGUCAGACGACCCAGCCAUGCCAUUUCGCUGCGGCAUCGUCGUGAAUGGCGAAGAAAUGUGCCAUGCCACGGACGUCACCAACAAAGUUGCUCGCGAACGGGCGGCGGGAAAGGCCCUCGACCUCUUGCUGCCGGGAUACUGGGCCGGCUUGAAGGAGGAAGGCCUCGUUCGAGAUGUUACGUCGACGCCUCCAUCUCGCUCGAAUACCGACUGGACCAAGCCGACUCUCGCUGCGACCACUAUGGAGGACUUCGAGUUGAUGGCGAUCCACGACCCGGGUGUCCUCCAAGGGUGCAUGGACCUGUCGUUCAAGACACCGGCGCAGCUCCUCAUGGAAUUCCAGUCAAAGAACAAAGGAAUCGCGGUGAACUACACGACGGUGACGCUGGCAGGGGAGGGCAAGGGAGAUCGCAGCGCGUUCAAGGUGACGGCGUCCGUCGGGCCGACGGCUGCAGAAGGUAUUGCAGGCAACAAGAAAGUGGCCAAGCAGCUUGCAGCCCAAGCGCUCCUCGCCCAGCUGAACCCUCGAGUCGCCACGUACUGUGACUUGAUUCGGCUCCAUGAGAACAACGUGAAGCUGCAUGCCGACGGAGUCAACCGCGCCAAACUGCAGAAGCUGGCGACCAAGUACGGCGGUGGCACGAUGUCGACCAGCUCUACCAGUGGUGGUUCGCCCGGGUUAGCAACUGCUCAACCCGCGUUGCUGCCGUCGCCAACGUCAUCGCUCGCCGUGGCUCCUGGAAUUGUUCCAGAACCAUCUGCUUCGACGAGCAACCACGGACGGCGUUACGGCAAAGGACAAGUACCAAACAGCUACCGUGUCGGGUGGGACCCAGGGCACCCUAGACGAGGCCAACGUAUCGACAACAACCUCUACCACGGGUAUGGCGGCCACGCUGCACCAGUCGAAUCGUACGGGAGCUAUGGUGGUCCCUAUGACAAUGCAAUGAGGUCGCACCAAUCCCAUCCCCCGUCCGGACCAUUCGGCGGUGCGUACAACCCCAUCGAUCGAUUUCCAGCCUCUGCUUACGAUUACAAUCCCACGAACCCACGUCCACCCGGGACUGUGGGUUUGCCACCAUCGCACUCGAAGGGAUGGGACCACCAGCAACCUCCGUACCAUCCAAGGUCACCUUCCCGCCAUGGUGGUAUGCUCCCAUCGCCGCACAGUUAUGCCCAGCCACCUUCUAGUGGCAUGCCACCGAUUCGGACGGACUUGAGGCAUUCCCAUCGUUAAAAUGAAUCCACCUGCCGAAGCAUGGGCGAAUUCUUUUGCAUUUGAUUGGAUUAUAAUCUAAGAAAGAGCGCUGAUUGGUCCAUUUGGACAUGGCGUGUUCUCUACAUU